CGGACGUUUUUGGGGCAUGUGUUUCGUGUCGCUGUGAUUUUUUUUAUUGUGUCCAGUGUUUAAGGAGUAGAAAAGGAAAUUUUUAGAUAAGAUUAAGUGUCUGGAAAAGGAAUACGAAAGAUAGGAAACGUGUGAAUAGUUUGUGCACGGUAAAGUGCUUCUGGCAAGUCGUUAGCGCCCGGAGAGUGCAAGUGUGCAAUGUGAGCCGUCAGUCGGACGAAAGUGGCACAAGUACAGUGAAAGCAGCGAAGAACGGAACGGGCCAGCCGCAGCGAAAGGAUAACGACCCACUGAAUGGAUAAAGGGAUACGCGGAGCGGCCAGUCCGGGAUGAAAAGAAGUGGCGUGGAUCGUGGAAAACUGUCGUGAAGAACGCGGAGAACGGAAAAACGGCCGAGAAGAAAGAAAAUUCCCGAACGGGAAUAAUGCGCAAGCUUUUGUCCGUCGUGGACGUCGUCGUCGUCUUGAGCCUCGUCUUCGAGCAGUGUCACAGCCAAAGCUAAGAAAAGUUCUAUUUUUAAUCGGGAGUUCCGCGAGCCGCGUGCUCCCCCGAAUCGGACCCGCCGUGUCGGUCGCACGACCCGCAUAAUCGCACGCGACCUCCCCUAGUGCCAGUGCCGCGAGAAAGGAUACGCCGGGCCACCGAUGCACCAGUGCAGCCCGUCGUCCUUCGCCUCGCUCUCGUCCUCCGUACCACCCGCCCCCCGCCAGCGUCUUUGGCCCCGUGCGAGGCUGUCCCCCCGCGCAAACGUACCGAGAUCAGCCACACGCACUUGGCGAUUUCGAAAUCGCCACACGAUAUCGUCGUGUCGCCGCGGAAUCGCUUUCAGCUGCCAAGUCUGGUGUUUGGAGUAGCUGAAUCGCAGCCACGGCCAGGCCGCCGUCCAAGGAGCUGAACGAGCAAAUUAUAAUUUUGGAUGUACUUCCUGCGCUAAGAAAGCUGAAGCUGAUACUAUCAUUUCGAAAUCAAUCGAAAUGGACUCUGCAUCGCAGUCUGCAGAGGAAACAACAAAAAGUGGAGACGACAAAAAUUCACAAGCAUCAUCAACGGCAUCACUUACAAUAACACAACCAGCAAUAACAACAACAUCACCAACUACGACAACAGCUACGGUUACAUCGUCGAUAGACAGUACAAACGAAGUUGAUAUAACAAAACAAGCAACUGCACAGGUGGCUAUUGGGUCGACCUCAUCGUCAUCGUCAUCAUUCUCGUCGACAUCUCCCUCAUCUUCUUUACCUGCACCUAAUGGCAACAGCAGAAUCAAAUCAGAUGAAAACAAAGAAAGUUAUAGUGACGAUAAGGAUCAAGAAAGCAGACGAAGAGCUGAUGAAAGACCAGAGUUCAAAUCACAGUCAAACGAUCAAAAACAGCCCGGAGAACAUGUCAUUGACAGCCAAACAGCACAACAAACGAAUUCGUGUCAGACUGAAAGUAAAUCAUCAAGUAAUAGAGAAGGACACUCAUUGUCAUCAUCAUCUGCAUCCUCAUCCUUAGUAGCAGGAGCAGAAAAGUUUGAUGUAGUUAAGGUAGAUACAACACAGCCGACAGUCGGCAGUAAGAGCGAGCUUAGUUAUAACUUUAGCGACAGUAUAAGUUACAAGUUAAAUUGCCCAAAACCGGGAAGUAACAUGGAAAUAAGUCAACCUGCUGGUGGAAUAGCACCGUCCACGGAGUCAUCACUAUCUUCAACGCUGCCAAGCAGCUGUAAUAAGCUGAACAAAAGCAUGACGACUUCUGCAUCACCGCCACAGGUCUCCACUAGUUCAACGCAAAUAAACAAAUCAGAGGAGGAGAAAGAAGAUUCACAAAUUGUUACUAAAGACAGACUUCCAGAGCCCGUCGACGCUAGCGUAAGUUGCGAAAGUGCUAGUGUAACAAAAACAAUGCCAGAACCACCAACUAGCACUAUUUCGAUUAACAAAGAAAGUGAUAGAUACAGACAGACAGAAAAAACGAAUGAGAAGUUGCUUCCAAAUGCUUCAACUAGAGAAAAUGUCCCCGCUACUGCGUCAGAGGCACACGCGUCGACGAUGAAAUUGGAAUCAAUGUCACCAGUUGCUGCAAGUAGUAGCCAUAAUGCCACUAGUACCCAUCAUUCAAAUUAUACAUCGACAAAUUCAAUGUUAGAUAGGAAUAAGCAAUUUGAAAUCCGUUCAAUGGAAGAGUCAAGUUGUAAAAAAGUAAAUGAUGCUGCCCCAUCAGAAGCCUCGACAACAACAUUCACCGACAGAAGAUUGAGUGAUAGCAGUAAAACAAUUGAGAUAACCGCGGCGGUCAUGCCACGCAGAAUAGAUAAUAUAGGCCCUAAUAGCAGUGCGUCAAGCAGCGAUCUGUGCAAUUAUUCCAGUAAAGAAGCCUUAGGAGACAAGUCGAAAGAAGUCCCAGCAAGUAGUAGUAAGACGAAUGCAACACCACAAGAGUCGCAAAUAGCCCAUUGUACAAGUAGUAGUAGCAAUAGUGGCGGGCAAGAUGUGAGAAGCAACGAAUCAAGUCGCAUGUCACCAAAAUACAGUGACGUAGUAGAUAGCAGCACUAGCCAUAAUAACAGGCCCCAAACCCCGCCAACUCUCACAACGCCAGUGAUAGCUUCAACUAGCGCAAAUGCUUCGUCUACGCCACAGAACGAUGAAAUGGUCGGCCAAGCCGCAAUACGAAUCGAUUCACAAACUAGGCCAAGUUUAAAUUCUGAUAGAAUAGCUUCCAAUUCAAGUGAUCACGCUCACCAAACAGCACCUCUUGCUCUAGCCGCUGCUGAUAGUAAUAAUCAGCAGACAAAUGGCGUACAAGAAAGGUCUCAAGUACUAGCCAAGAUUAAUAGCACCGAGUCCAGACGAAAUGAUAUGGAGGCUGUCUCAUCAUCAAAUUAUUCUAUUAUAAAAUCAAACAACAUCGAGUCAAAACGGCCUAGUUUAACUGAAGAUCAACGGAAUGAAUUCGGAAUCAUUUCAGAGGAGGUUGAUAAGAAGACUCAUUCCAAUAUAAUCACCUACCAAACAUCAAAUCAAGCGAUUGUAGCAUCGACUAUAAGGCAGUUGUUCAAACGGAGCGCGUCGGAAGAAGGAAGACUGGAACAGCGGCCAAUGUUAGCACCCCCAAAAGUACAAGUUAAUGCAGCUAAUAAUAAUCACAACAUCCUGCCAACACGGGUCGCCCCAACACAGAAUUCCCAACAUUCACAACGUGAAACGAGCCCAUAUUAUUAUCCAAAUGAAAGGGUUACUCAGAACCAGCAAUCAGCGCGACCCGUCCAGCAAAUGACGCGUCAGUUAAGCAAAGAUUCGUCAGAUACUCGCUCCGAAAGUAUAUCCAGUGCUACCCCGAAAUCUAGCUAUUAUCAGCCGCCAAAGAGCGGACCUGAAAGUUAUAGCAAUUAUCCGCCGCAAGUUUCAAUGCAUAACAGCAACAUUAGUAGCAGUACCACCACUUUAUCUUCGAGCAAUCGCUUAGAAAAAUCUUCACCAUCUUCCGAAGCAGGGUCCUCAUUAGAAAAUUUCCCGAGGAUCCCAGCAAUGGUAGAUACUGUUCUCGCAAUGAAAAAAACAAAACCUGAGUCUGAACGUCGCUAUAAUGCCAUGCAGCAAAAGGAAUUUCAUCAAACCCAAUACAUGCAGGCCGAACCGUCCCACCCACAACAAUCGCAUCCAAGCUACAGCAAUAGUAGACCAGGCAACGAACAAUCGGCUAGGAGAAAUCAAAUUUACGUGGAAAAUCCCGAUUUCACCAAAAUAACACAUUCAGCGCCUCCUCAAAAACAGGCAUCUUCAACAGCCAGCGCACAUCACCCAAGUAAUCUCAGUCAACUUCACAUGAAACCGCCAGACUUCAGUAAAAUCAAGGAGGCAAAACCGAAGUCAAUUACACCUGAAAAUUUUGCGGAAAUGAGUAAAAAGUUCAACUAUGUGAAAGAUUUGCGACUGAAAAACCCUCCGGGGCAAGAAAGUCUGCAUGAAAAGACACCCUACAACAACUUGUACAUGAAAGCUCCCGAAUUUAGCACUCAAAAGUUUCAGAGUAAAUCUGCGGAAUCAUCACCACAUGCUUACAACUCGAAGGCAGAAUAUCAACAGAACUUGACAAUGCAUUUUCCACAAUUGUCGGACGAUGUGGUAAUGUCAGUAGUGCCAACAAAGCCCGCAAACCAACCACACUACGCAUCUUUACCUGAGAAGAAAACAUCCGAACUGCAUGAUCGAGCCAAACAUUAUCCACCGGUAUCCUAUCCGAAUGCUGUUCAACUACAGCCUCGAGAACAUUCCUCGCCCUCUGAUCAUCACCCGCAUAUUAUUCCCGCUGGUAGUAAGCUACCAGAACAUCGUGAAUACGCGCCAAUGUAUAAUCAAAAGCAAACACAUUCACAACCUCAACCACCAUCAGGCAGCUCUUUGCAGCGGCAGUACUAUGCCCAAAGUAGUUACCCAACGCAACAAUCACAUCACCCUCAUCAUCAACAAAUACCAACAUCACAGCCAAGUGGAGCUGCAGUCACAUCUGUGAUCCAAAGUAGUCGAUCCAAAGAGCGCGCUGUCGAAUAUCCCCAACCAAAACCCCAAGAAAGACCUGUUGUCAGUCCAAACUACUAUCAGUAUUUGCCGCAGCCGCAACAACAGCAGCAACCGCCGCAUCCAGGUAGUUCAUCGUACAGCAAAAAUCCAUCCCCCUCUCUCGUCGCAGGGGGCCGACAAUAUCCUGCCCAAAGUACGAUAAUUCAGCAAGCUCCUUCGCCUGUUAAUUCAGCCCCUUCCACUCCAUCAAAUAAGCCAGUUGCCAGCCCCAACACUAUGAACCCACCCUGUGGAUGGCCCAGCCAGUCGAAUUCCAGAGUGGGUCACAGUCCGGUCGCAUCUCCCCAUACACCCUAUCACCGUGUAUCGCAAAGUCCAGUGGGCAUGAACGCUCCUUCGCCACAUAGUCCAUCGUUCCUACAACCCUCACCAAAGGCAUCACCAAGUCCUACACACAUUUCGCGGGUUCCUCCAGCACAAAACCAAUGUGUUCCAUCAUCGGUGUCUUACAAAAACCCUUACAUGUACCCGCCGCAACCAGAACCAUUGCCAAACAAUAAAGCUUCCUUUUACGGCGGGCCUGCUCCCUUGCCUCAAAAGCCCCAAUAUGAUAGGCAAUAUUCAGAGCAACCAAAAGCACCAAGCAAACCUGAAGGGCUUCCUCUACUGCCCAGUGAAUAUAUGAUGAGUCAGCUUCCAGCCAAAGCUAACACUAGCAGGCAACCGGAACGCGACGAUAGCGUGUACGCUUCAAGUUCCUCUUCUAGACUUAGUGAUCCUUCAAAAGCUAUUCACAACUACAACAAAUCAGGUGGCAAUAAGUUGCAGGAAAAGCCAAACUAUCGCGAGAUGAUCAACAGCGCAUACGCUCUCAGAAACUCAACAACUGAGGAAGACUUAAAUUACAAAAUAAUUCAACGAACACUUAAAAAGGAUAUAUCUAUUCAUCGAUCUGAGAAUGAUCUUAGUAAAAGUAUUUUUGAUACAAUGCCAGGUCCUCCCGUGAAAAAUAGUAGCUCCUUGCAUUUUUCACGAUCAGCCGAAUCAUUGAACAGCUCCCGAGUACCUGAUUCGCACGGUAAAUACGUUUAUCAUCAAGAUUACAAUGUAGGGAAAGGAUUCCCCGCCAACCAUUCUGGUAGCGGCGGUAUAGUGUCUGGAUCUAGUAACAUUGCAAAGUCCACUAGUAACAACAAGUUAUCACACUUGCCAAUUUGUAACGAUCUCACGAGAAAUGAUAUUAGUGUAACCGUUUCAAAAGUAGUGAAACCGCCGGAUGAGAGACCAAAGCCAACGGAAACGCACGUCCAUCCUGCGCCAAGGUCCAGUUAUGUCGAUAAUAAAGAACUCUCAGCUGUUGUGAUAUCAAAAAUGAAAACCGCACCGGUAACGGAAGCUCGAAAUGCGUACGCUUCUCGCACUCGUCCGCCUGAACCACCACCACCAGCCAUUCCAAAACCUGUUGCAACUUCCAGCACUGCUUCCAAGCGUGAAUCACCUCUGGAUCUGUCAGUUAAAACUGUGAAAACCAAGGCUGAUUCAACUGGGUGUGAUGACUCCGCCUAUGCACCCAGAAGCAGCCUGGCCAGUACCUUGAAAUUUGACUUCGCGCCAAAUUUCUCGAAGCACGUUCGAAAUAUGACGCAAGCGGAGUCACCUCCCACAGCAGCAACGCAACAACCAUCCAAUCAGCAAUCCGUAAAUCGAAAUCCUUAUGCACCGGGAACUUCUCGCCAGUAUUCGUACGAGCCAACCGCAGCCCCUCAAGUUCAAAAGGCAUCUGUGUUGCCACCACAAAAAGAAAUGUACAAUGCUAACUAUCCACCACGCCACAAACCCAAUGAGCAACCUCCUGUGCAGUAUCAAUCGUCAUAUGGUCAGCCGCAAAGUCACAAGGCGUAUCCUGUGGUCGCACAACCUGGCACAAGUCAUCAGGAAGAUCGAUCUCUCCAGUAUAGAAUGGGCCAGCCAUCAGGUGCGUCCUUUGCACCGAAAUAUGAUCAAAAACCAUCUGACGAACGGCCGAAAAUCAUUGAAGUAGAUCAAACAAGAAAAGUUCAAAUUCCUCCUCCAACCAAAGAAGUUCAAUAUCAAGAUUAUGGAAGACAACAACCGGUCCCACCGCAGCAAUAUGAACGACUUCCAAGUCAGCAACAUCCAUCUCAUGUCCUUUACAAAGACCAACGCUAUGCAGAUACUACUUCCUUGAAGUGUAGGGAAGCGUAUCCUACAAGUGAUGCCCAUGAAUCUAGGCAAGACGAAUAUGCAAGAAGAACCGAAGCGGUAGCCCAUAAUCCGCCAGUUUUGCCCCCGAAUGCUCAGCAUGGACGCAUGCACGAGGUCCAAUAUAACAACAGAGAAUUGGAACAAAAACGGCAAGAGGAAAGCAAAGCAUUUGCCGCAAAUGCUCGUCGGAAUAACCAAUACUCAAACGAUCCAUAUGCUAGCAGAAAACGACCCCAGGAUAAUUUGCCCCCGCAAGUACCAGGCAGUUCGUCACAUUAUCAUCCACCAGAAAAGCAGGUUCGAGUGGAUGAGCUUUAUCGUGCACAUUUAGCCCAAACGCAACAUGUACAACAACAACAGCAGCUUCAUCAACAACAAAUGCUUCAACAGCAGCAUCAUCGUCAACAAGAACAACAGCGCAUUAACGCUCAAAUGUAUCGUACGGACCCUUCCUCACACACAAAUCAUUACGAAAAAGGAGAUGCAUCCGUUUUGAGAAAGGACGGUACGCAUCCUGGAGGUCCACAUUACCCCAGCCAAGCACAAUACCAUGGAGCUCCGUAUAAACCGCCACCGGUCCCUCAACAAAGUUAUCCUGUACAUCAUCCACAACCACAAUCUGAUCGGCAAAUGCAACCUCAGAGCAACAUUCCACCCGCAAAUAGUCAGUUGCAGCAAUAUCCGCAGAAUGUUCAUGUUGAUCGAAUUGGAAGCCAUCCUCACACUGCCGUACCUCAUCGAAAUGUUCAGCCAGCUCACUCAAUUCCGCCAGGUCUUCAGACACAAAAUGCACCCCAUCAACAACAGAAUUCGGCGCAGCAUGCUCCAGUUACUUAUCAGCCAUCACAGAAUAUAUACCCAACAUCACAUACGGCUGUGAAUCCUCCUCAAAGUCAUAUCGCCCACAGUAAUAUUCCUCCGAAUAUGCAACCAAGGCAAUCACCCCAUCAAAGUCAUGAAUCUGCUGCAAAACCGAUACCCUCCCACGAGGCUCCACCUGUUCAUAACAGCUUGCCGCCUAGCCAGCCUAAAUAUAUUAGUCAAGAUAUACAGCAUCGAUCACAAUCAGGACAUAUGCAGCACAACAAUCAAGUUUUUCAUCCAAGGUUGUCUUCUGAAUAUCCUCCGCAUCGAAGAGGUGAAUUCUAUCCAAAUAAUCAACACAAGUAUUCCAUCCAAGCUUCUUCUCAAGAAGCUCCUAGUUCAAAUGCACACAUUCAUGCACCUUCCGAACAGCGAGAACACCACAAAGGAAACCAUACACGUCCCGAAUAUCCUCCAUCAAAUGAUAUUGCGAUGUCUUACCAAACUUCAGUUAACCGCAAUCGAGAGCUUCCAGCUCCGCCGCAACAGAAUUCCACAUGGUAUCCUCCAGUACCAAUGGAAGCAGAUCCAGGAAAGCGUGAACCUCCGAAAGAAUCUUCAUCCACUUUCCAAAGUAAUCAAUAUCCUCCGGCGACACCGUCUUCACCCUUCAGUAGUGAACCAUCUCCGAAAAUUGUGCAAGCACGCCCGACUCCUGCAAUUGUCGCCAAAGCUCCAAGUGAAGUGUCACCAGCUCAGAUCCCACAAAGUCAACCAGUCACUGCUACUCCACAUCGUGGAGCCGAUCAGAAUGUGAUCGAAAAGCUGCGAACCAGCAUUGAAAUGCGAGAAUUCGAGAAGCAAAAAUUGCUGAAUCGAAAACAGAUGAAUGGUGAGAUCCAAGAAGAUGAGCCUCACAAGAAUGAUAUUGCCUCUCUGUUGGCGGCAAGAAUCAGGACAAAAGGUGAACUUAAAGGUUACACCCCGAUCCCUACGCCAGAGGAGAAACCAGCGCCGGAAGAAAGGGUGGAAGAGAAGAAGGAAGUGCUCGAAGAACCGGCAAAACCACCAGUGCUUGAUCCAUUUUCUGAUGAAGAUCCUGGCCAAUCUGCUUUCGAUUUAAUGGAUUGGGGAAGCACAUGCAACGAUUUCGUCGAACAACUGCAGACAGGGGUGAAAAAGAGGGCCGGGAAGAAACGAAAGGCCCAAUCAAUCAUUUCUAACGAACCGUCAGACAAUGCCCUCUCCAAUGUGGAGUCGAAAGAAAAUCUGCCAGGAGUCGUUUACAAUGGAGACAUCGAACAGAGUCUCGUGGAAAAAAUCAAAUUAGAGACAAUGGAAGCUGAGAAAUUGAAACCGGAUGGCAAGUCUCAGCAAGAAAGCAGUUCCAGUGAUGAAGACAAACCACUGCAUUUGCUCCGGCAACAAAGCUUGACAGAUGUCGGCAAAUGUGGUUCUGAUAAGGAGUCGUCUGCACAGCAAACAGUUGCUACUGAUAUAAAAUUGGAGGAUUUAGAGGAUAGAAGUAUGUCAGGAACUGGCCAAAAAUCACAUCCAACAUCUGACUGCAGCUCCGAGAGGGCGGCUGCGCGGAUAGUUCGCGAGAAGCAGCGUUUGCAGCAAGAGAGACGACUUGCUGCCCGCCUAAGCAAGACUAGCAGUUCUGAGAGCGAUGAGGAGACCAAGAGGAAUUUGCAAAGGCCCAAGAAGCUAACCCGAAAACCAAGAUCCCGUGCUAGUGGGGCGAGUACCACACGCGAUUCAACCGACAGUGAUAGCUCCGAGGGUGAAGCAGAAAAAAGAAAUUUGAUUCGGGAGCGUCUUGAAACCAGGAAACGAAAACUCGCAGUAGAAAAGGUGUCGUCAAGUUCUGAACCCCAAGCUAAUAAGAAACUGAUUACCAAUGUUGUGGUCGAUGAAAACGAUCGGAAAAUAAAGUUACCUAUUCCGAUUACACCGAGUUCGGUUGUUUUGAAGCGUGAAAUUAUCACAAAGGCUCAGAUAAAAUGCAUGAAGCUGCCUAGCGAGAAGAGCGAAAGCAGCGAUGAGGAGAUGGACAGUUCAAAGAAAACAGUAGAAUCUAAGGAGGAAUCAUUAAACGACAAAAAAGAUGUUAGUGAGGAUGAAACGAAUGUGAGUCAAGAGCAGACAAGUUCACCUGCAGUUAAAAGUAAGACACCCGCGAAGAAAGCCAAACCCUUCGAGACACCUAAAAUUGAGGAAACCAUGACGAGAUCCAAACGAAAGAAAGAGCUCCAAGAGCAGUUGGCUAAUAGUAAAGUCUUGCGUAACGAAAAAGUCAUACAAAAUACUCCAAUCAAACCUAGCCCAGCAAAAAGCAAACCCAAUGAUAAAACACCACCUCUCAGGGUAACACGAUCGGUUGAACAGAAAUCUAGUGAGGAGAAGGUCAAACCUCAGAUCAGUACUCGAAGUUCGAAAAAUGAAAAGAUCGAGGACUCAAAACGGAAACUUUGCGGCAAUGAAUCUGAUGAUAAGGCGAGGAAGAGGCCAAAUAAGCCCGCAAAGGAAGAAUCUUCGCUGAGUUCAAGCGAGGGUAACAGCGACGCAGAGCCGAAAACUGUCUCUGAACGACUACUGUUAAGACGUUCUCGGUUGUCCAAUGAAUCAGUAGAAAAGACCCCAGAGCCGCGAAAGACACGAUCAUCUGAUCGUGCUAAAGCUGAAACUGAAAGCAAGAAACCUCCCGUUGUUCAAAAAACACCCACCCCUAGCAAAAAGCCACAGGUGACAACAGGGAAGCAAAAAGUCGCACCAGCUGAGACGAAUACGGAUAAGUUUCCUCCUGGCUGGGAGCUUGAGGUCUAUCAGUACAAAAGAGCCCUGAAGGUUCCGCAGAGUCUUAUUACAAUCAAAGGUCCUGCACAUCAUCGGGUCUCGACGUCUCUUCCAGAUUUAGAUCCGCAUUCAUCAGAUGCUUCAGAAUCGUUCUCAACCGAUAAUUUGAAGGUCAAUUCCAAGCAUUUCAGUGAAAAGAACAAGAAGGAUAACAAGUCACUUCGCUUGGAACCCACGAAGAGUCAUAAAAAAUCCUUGAAAGUCGCCACUCAACCGGAGGAUGAAGCUUCCAAUGAUGUACCAGAAUCACUGGAAGGCAAGUCUAUCAUUGAUAUCCUGCACCAACGUGUUCCAUUUUCGCGGCGACAAAAGGAUAAAAAGUUGACAAGAAACUUGGGUCGAAACGAAGCACGGGUUCUACCACGGAGCAGUAACCAAACCGAGCUAUUGCCCACACCGAAAACAAGCAACAUUUAUCGAGGUGAAAAUCACCAUAUUCGUGAAAUAUUCGGGGGUGAAGAUCGACCCGCUUCUGCUCCACCUGAGCUGACAGAUUCAAAGGAAGAAAUUGAGCCACGAAUGACAUUUGCGAAAAAAUACGAGGAAUAUCUGGCGGCAAUGAAUGAUGUCGACUUUGCAAAUAGAAUUCGGAAAAAUAAAAAGAUUUCAAGUGAGGCGUUGAUGGAGGAGACAAGCAGGAGCAGUAUGUUAGACGUUCCCAUAAAAAAGGAGAAACUAGAUGAGUUUGUUCCCAACCAAGAUGAUGAUGAGACCCAAGAUACCGAAAUCAAUGCAUGCUUGCAAAAUGCCGUUGAAUUGAAAACCGAACCCAUGGAUACCAACGAGCGUGACACGCCUAGCAUUGUGUCGGAACAUGGAGAUGGGGUCGUCACGCCAAUACUCUUCAAACGGAAGAAGAGUAGUAAAAUGCGCAGCUCACGGCGGAAAGGCAGUUCUGGAUUCGAUUACAUCCGGAAGAAGAAAAAGCCCGCACCGUCUAACAGUAACGGACAAGAGGUUGUGAAAAGGAAACGAAUUUCGCCUGUAGAACUGCUAAAUACUCGCGAUGAAAAUGAUAUUAGCAAAGAGAUUCAACGAUGGGUUCUAAACAAGGGGGUGGGACAGAGCGCUCUCCAUAAAGCUGCUCGACUUGGGUACAUUGACGUGAUCGCCUACUGUCUGGAACGAAUGGGGUUAAAUCCAGAUCCAAAGGACAACGCCGGAUACACACCCCUUCAUGAGGCGUGUUCGAAAGGCAGAUUGGAUAUUGCUCGUUUGCUCCUGCAGUAUGGCGCGAAUCAUUCCGAAGUUGCAGCGUCGGGUAUUCGGCCGCUACAUGAAGCAAGUGAAAAUGGAUAUGUGGAAAUUGUACGCUUGCUACUUUCAUAUGGAGCGGACCCACUUGUCACCACAUAUUCAGGCCAAACACCUCUGAUGCUCGCCGAAAGCAGCGAAAUGGAGCAAUUCAUCAAAAAUCACUUGCACGAUGUGCAAAAUACAGGGCCACACAAACAACCAUGGAAAUUUCCAGGACCUUGGUAUAUUUACGAUCCAGACGUUUGUGGCUUCAACGAAUUGGAUGGAGUGCCGGAUGAUAAUGACGACUGCGAUGACAUGGACGAUUCACAAAUCAAUAAAGUGACUUCUACCACUGCAGGAGCUGAAUUAAUUAGGUCGGAUGAUACGCCCUCGAUACAAGAUUCAAGGGACAAAUGCGAUACAAAUUCAAACUCAAUUUUGUCCACGUAUGACGAGAGACCUCGCCAGCCCAAUGAACGGGUGAUUUUCAAGAACAAACUCAAAACAAAUUGUACAGUUGUCCUGAAUAGCAUUGAAUCAAUUGAGCGUAUCAGCACAGUGAAACAGUUCAAGGACUAUCAAAGUAAAAGUGUUCAACGGAGACGUUCAACAAAUGAUGGCCGAGAUGAUAGGACUGAUAUCGGCGAGGAGACGGACGGUGACGGUGAAAUUUUCGAGUUUGAAGAAUCCGAUAUUCCGUUGCCUCCUUUGUAUCUUCUCAAGGACGAAGGAUCAGAGAAAUGGGUGAUGCUAAGUGAUUUAUGCAGUCUGCUGAAGGUGAAGUCGAAGGAUACUCUUCUGAAACAAAUAUCACCCUCGCUACCACCUCCCACCAACAAGGAACUAUUGCGUGAGCUUAAAAUGUCAGAUUUUCUGGAGAAGGCAACCUGCCUGCAAUUGCUAUGUGCUGGCGAGAAACUAAACAUUCGUUCAUCAAAAGUGGUCCUGGUCAAAUACAAUGAGAGCGUUCGCAAUCUACUCGGCGUAAAAACAAUCCUCAUGAAAUUCUAACCAGAAACCGAAACCUUUCCAAAAGGCUCGUAAGUGGGGAAUUAAACGAAGGUUAACCUACGAGAAUUUUUAAGCGCGAAACUAUUUGCUGGUGAUUAUUAUAGGUGCUAUUGCUUUCCAUGCAACAACAACAGAAACACUCUCGAGACGUAUGUAUGGAAAGAUAAUUUCUUAUCUUGAAUAGAAAUGAUUAAUUCUUAAAUAGAAGUCAGAUGAAUAUUUAAAUAGAAAAAACGAAAACACGAAUUGUGAAAAACAUGAAAAUAAGUAAACAAAGUGGCUUGUGGAGAACGAAGUGAAAACACAUAAGUAGCAAGUAAAGUUUUAUGAGAGACAUAAUUUUAGUAGGUACAAUUUUUAAAUAAUCAUUCGUUAUACGUUGAUGUCAGUUUUAAUUUGAAAUAGUAGAUUUUUUUUUCUGAUUUAUAUAUAUAUUCAACGUAAGAGGAGAUGGGAUCAAACCUGUGAUAAGUAGGCAUAAGGCAUUGAGACUAAUCUAGAAUGAAAAUAUUUAGGACGUUUUAAGGUUGAUAGGAAAAAUGAACAAAAUAUAUUGAAGAAUAAGUGAGAUUACAACUAUCUCUCUCUAUCUCGAUUUUAGAUUAGACUAAGCAAUGAAAAGUAUGAGAAUGUCGAAUGAUAUAUAAAGUGGAAAGAUUUUUUCAUGAUUAUUUUUUGAUUUUUAAUAAGUUUCAUGUUAUUAUGUGAGAACAUAUCUUUUUCGUACAAUUUCAAUUAAAAUGCCGAACAAUUGGUCCUUAUUUAUA